UCUCUCGCCUUCUUCAUGAAACUCCAGAGCUGCCAUCUUGUCCAGUGCAGCUCUGUCUCGCUGUCGUCAUGUCUCAUGGCCAGUGAGGUGCUGCUGUUCAACAAGAAGCUGACGGCGGUCCAGGCCUGUGAACUCGGUCUGGUCACCGAGGUUUUCCCUGACAGCAGCUUCCAGUCGGAGGUUUGGACCAGACUGAAGGCCUACGCCAAGCUGCCCCCCAACUCUCUGGCGCUCUCUAAACAGCUGAUGCGCUCGGUGGACAGGGAGCGUCUCCACGCGGUGAACGACGCCGAGGUGGAGCGUCUGAUGGAGCGCUGGACGUCGGACGAGUGUUUCAACGCCGUCAUGAGCUUCUUCCAGGCCAAGGCCAAACUCUGAGCGAGGUGUGAGUGUGAACAGAUCGGUAAUCGGGGCGAAAUGUAAACGGCGGUGGGAGCAGCUCCGUCCUGCAGGCGGCGUGCCUCCACACGCUGACCCGUUAGUUCCCUCCUGAAUGAGACUGAUUCUCUGGAGAGAAGUAGAUUAACUGCUGUCUGGUUUACUGCGUGUGAAACUGUCCUGAAUGUUACUCGUAGAUGAAGAGCAGCCAGCCAAUCACAGAGCAGCGCUAACGUUAACUAACCUUCACUCUCGCUGCAGCCUUCAGUUGUUACCGUUAGCUUUUAACCCUGAUCGAUUGCUUUUAUGUUUUAUGUAAAGCACUUUGAAUUGCCUUGUUGUUAAAAUGUGCUAUACAAAUAAACUCGCCUUUCCUUAGAGAUAAUUCAGCCGCCUGUCUGACUGAGAACAUCACGAUGUCUGUAACCUUCCUGUGACUCGAGGUUAAAGUGCCUUAAACUCUUUGUAGCUCGCCACUCUGUCCCCUCAAUUAAAGAAACUUUGGAAUUAUUCAAAA